CUCCCUGCUGAUUUCCCCAUCGUCAUUUCGCACUCGAACCUCGAAGGAACUUGUAACGCGGAAGUGUGCUAAACAUCUCACCAGAAACAUGUCGAAGAUCCUCUUCAUCGUCCUGGUCGCAGUCCUGGCCAACGCUUUUGGAUUUCCUGCCACUCAAGAGAAAGAAACCCCGUUGUCGAGGAUGGUGAGAGAGGCGUCCCCAGAUCCAAACCCUCACCAUAAACACGGAAUCUACGGUAUCGGUGGACUUGGAGGUGGAUAUGGAGGCGGAUUUGGAGGUGGCUAUGGUGGUUAUGGUGGUUAUGGUCAUGGUCACGGUGGCUACAGACCUGGAUACGGUGGUUACGGACAUGGCUAUCCUCAUGGCGGUUACGGAGGCUCGGGAGGUGGCUUCUCCGGCAGCUCUGCACACGCUGGUGCCAUAAGCUCGCCCUUUGGAAGCGCAUCUUUCGCGAGCGCGAGCGCGAAAGCAGGAUCAACUGGAUACGGACGAUAAUUCCCGGAUUGAACGCCUACGACAACGUUUAGUUAGAAUGCUCACUAUUGUACGAUAAUUUAUGACCACUUAUGACCACUUUUGUAUAAUACAUUUUUACACCACUUGAAAUUUCAUGUUACUACUGCUUAGUACUUGUACCUAAAUCAUAUGUUAUUUAAUUAUCGUAUACGACUCUGACUCAAUAAAGACAGUUUUUUUAUUAACA